AAGCUUGGUCCAGGAUGAGUGGACACAGCCAGCCAGUAUAUUAAAGGUAGGGGCCAGGUGGUAUGGCACACGCCUUUCCUCCUAGCGCUGGAGAGAGGGUUCGAAGCCACCCUGGACCACAGGGGAUGGUCUCAGUGUAGGAGAGUAACAGCGCCCCAGGGUGGUGGCACACCCUUAAUCCUAGUCCUUGGGCGUCACGUGAUCACCACGCCCAGCUCGAAGGAGGAAGUGACGUGGCCCAGAAGGGUAUAAAAGGCGGGAGGAGACAGGAACUGCAGGCCUUUUGGACUGAGGACUCCCAGGCGUCGAGUCGGAGGACUGGUGCAGUAGGUGAGAAGUGGCUGGGGCUUGGGCCUCUGUCUCUCUGACCCUUGGGUGUUCACCCCAGAUAUCUGGCCCCGGGUUCUUAUUAAGACCAGUUAGGAUCGGAGCGCCCUCUUUGAUCGGACUUUUGGGGCAGCAGUUCUCGAGAAAGCCACCAAAGCCGCUCGCCUGUGCGGGUGCUGCAGGAGGCCGGACUCUGCACCCACCCUCCUGGGACUUUGCUUUAGAGAGCAGGCGGCGGCGGGGUUGUCCGUGCCAGCUUUGGUGGCACAGACGAAAGGCAAGAGAGGGCCGGGCGCUCUAGAGAGCCAAGCCACGAUGAGAGAGCUUCGCCUCGUAACCGCCGGGCAGCUAACCUCCCUGGAUUCUCAGGAUCUGAAGAGGCCCGCAGGGCCAGUGCGCAGAGUUGUGCUCAGAGGCACCACCAAGAUGUCUCUCAAUGAGCGUUUUGCUCAAUGGCGGAAGAACAGACUGCCACAGCCGAUGGCGGCCAACGUCCGGGCCUCGAAGAGGCGGCAGCAGCAGCUGGGCAGUGCCAGAAACAGAAGACUGGCCCUGCAGAUGGAGAGGAGACCCUCUGUCCAGGCAGCGUUAAAUCCUAGGCAGGGCUUCGAGGGGCGCCCGAGUGAGAGGAGCAUCCAAGUCCGUUUAGGAGGUCCCAUGGGUGCCCUUGCCAGGGGAGCGAAAGGAGGAAGAGGCGCAGCUAUCGCCGAGACAGAUGUGCCCCAAGGAGGAGGACUAGGUGGGGGACCUGCCGCCAGGGCCGCCCGGGGCAGGAUGCCACCCCCAGGUCGGGCCAUGUUUGGUCGUGGAAGAGGGGCUUUUGGAGCUCGAGGACGUGGCGGUGGGCGGGGACGCGGCCGAGGGAGAGGUGCCCUCGCUCGCCCAGGACUGACCAAGGAGCAGCUGGACGCCGAACUGGAUGCAUACAUGUCGCAAACCAAGGCGGCCCUGGAUGCUGAAUUGGAUGCCUACAUGGCAGAGGCGGCUCCUGAGACCUGUGACUGAAGCCCGCCUCUUGGACUCUUGUACAAGUCACCACAUCUCUGCCAAAAUCACCAGGAGGAAACAGGAGGAGAAACCGGACAGCUGCUGGGAGGAACUGUCACAACUGGCGCGUUUCUUUGAUGUAAUGCUUGACAGUACAUGUUGUAUACGCUCACAAUAAAUGGUUUUUCUUGCAUUUUGGUUGUGGACUACUUUUGUUAU